AUGAGGCGAACUCGAUCAAAAAUGUGAUUUUUAUGAGCGUACAGUACACCCGUGAUCAUCAUCAAACCGUCUUCUUCCCUGGCUCCGCCCACUUUUACACUGUACAAGGGACACAAAGCGCCACAAAGACCACACGCACUUUCGGCAUGCGAACAUUUCGUCACUUUCGCCACUUUUUUUUUUUUUUGAAAUCCCGUUUCGUUUGCAGGCUUCUCCGAGCGAUGACGAUUUGCGAGAGAGCGAAAAAGCCACGUGGCGGCGCGAAAGUCGAGCUUGUCGUGGCGAGACCGUCGGCGGCCGAACGGGCCAAGAUCAAGAGGAGGGAGGCGGCGAAGAGUGAGUCCAGGUGUCCGAUCGAUCCGAGAUCUGCUAGUCUCUUGUAGCAUUUACUUUGAGGAGUUAUCUUCAAAAUGUAUGAAAAUACGGUUUCAAAGUGUUCUGAAACAGCUGAGCUGAACGAGAUUUGCCACACUUUUUCUGUUUCAACCAGGGGUGUGCGGAAAAUUUUUUUCGGAAAAUUUCGGAAAAUCGGUUUUUCCGAAUUUUUUUUUCCGGAAAAUUUCGGAAAAAUCGGAAAAAUCGGAAAAGCGCGUUGAACUUGUGGCCGCAAAAACACGCUUUCUCACCGUUUUUCCGCCCAAUUAAAUAUACGUCCCACUUUCCCAUUACGUCAGCUUUUCUGAAAAAAACAACACAAAUCGCAACAAUCGGUUCAUUAGAAUGAGAAAAACGAAAGAAAUUGCGUAGAAUUUAAAAAUCAAAUUUAAAAAGACGCUCGCUGCUAGACCCUUCCAAAAAUUUUGUGAUGCGCCUUUAAAAAGCAUACGGUGGUUUCGGACAAAUUGACCUUGAAUCCACACUAAUUUUCCGAACAUUUUGCCGAACAUUUUCGGAAAAUUUUCCGUCGGAAAAUCGGAAAAUUUCGGAAAAUCGAAAUAUUUUCCGCACACCCCUGGUUUCAACCUAUCGCUUCUGAACGUCUGUUAAAUAGUAUCAAGUACAGUUUCAACAGGCUCUCAAGAAUCGGGUAUAACUUUUUCAAAUUGGUCCACCGUGAUAAGGCUUCGUCUGACUUUCUGUCAGUGUGCCUUACCGAAAAUUUUUUUACCGAAAAAAGUGAAUUUCGGUAAAUUUUCGGUAAAUUUUCGGUAAAUUGUUUCGAAAAUUUACCGAAACUCUUUCGGUAAAAAAAAGUUUUACCGAAAUUUUUACCGGUAAAUUUACCGAAACCCUUUCGGUAAGGCACACUGCUUUCUGUGUAUAUUCAGUAUCGGAAUGCACAUUUUCGGUUCCUAAAUUUUGCUGUUUAGUUCCUUAUCACUAUUCCUAUUGUCAUCAACACGUUUAGUUCUUUAUCGAAACUUUUUUGCAUCAAAAAUAAUCAAUUUAUGCAAUCAAACAUCAUUUUUCAAAGUGAGAACAGAAAGGAGAGCGGGGUGGAAGGUACUUUAAAAAAGUAGACCCAGUAAAACUGGAAUUACAGUUUCAUAUAGUUCACAAGUACAACACCAUCAGAACUUUUCGAUACUACUAUUGUACAUUUGUAACAGCAAGCAGAGAGAUGAUCAAAAACGACUCUGGACCGAGAGAAAACCGCAUUCUUCUUGUGAUUACAAUUGUUUUGUGUUUCAUUGGAAAAGUUAAACUAUUCUAUACACUUGUGCACUAUUAGCGACGCAACUACAAUUAUAGUCAUUUCACUAUUCUCAAAAGUUUUGACGCUCGCAAACUGUUUUCCUAACGUUAAUCCAAAAUGGUUUGACUCUUUCAAUGUCCCAAAUGUUUUUUCUCAUGAAGGAUACCCGAAACAAUGCUCCAUCUCACUGAAACACGAAUAGUGUUGACCACUGCUGUCAAAAUGUUUGUUUUCACAGCUCGCAGAUCCAUUUUCUCGCUUUUCAGUGCUGAAACACAUGGGCAGCAUGUGCUACAUCGCGAACGAGUUCUUCACGCAGUUCCGGAUCGAGUGCCACGAGUCGGGAAUCGACCUGACCGACGCGGAGAAGGUGCUCUCGUUCACGGACAACAAACGGAUGCAGUUCGUGCGGGCGCUGAACUACGCGGACCGGGGCGACCAGAAAGUGCGGAUGAACCUGAUACAGUGCGCGCAAUUUCUGCGGCGGCUCAUCGAACGAAUCGACGAUUUUAUGAAGAUUCUCGCGAAGGGACCACCGCAACGCCGUUAG